AUGUAUGCUAAUGUCACAUCACAAUAUACGAAACACUUUUUUCAAAAAGUUUCAAUCAAGAAUAUCUAUAGAUAUCAGCUAAAAGCUACAAUCCCAACGGUGCCAAAUACCUCGAGAAGCGAUCCAGUCAGCGGAUUCAUCACAUUUGUUAACCGUUGCAACACAAUGAGCAACUUUCGUUUCCCUGUUAAAGUCAAACUGCCUUCAACUUUCCUCAAUGCCCGAGUGAUCAGAGACAACUUCAAGAGACAGCAGGUUGCAGAACAUGAAGUGACAACCAAGGCUUUAAAAUACAUAGCCAGAAACACAACCUUACCGCCAAGAGCAAGACUGGAGGCCCAGCUGCGUUUGAGCACUAUGCCCAACUACACAAGGAUGUCUCAGGUGAGAAAUAGAUGUGUGGAAACGGGCCAUGCCAGAGCUGUGUUGAGCGACUUCAGACUGUGUAGAACGCAGUUUAGAGAGAUGGCCAGAAACGGCAGUCUGCCGGGCGUCAAGAAAGGUGUGUGGUAG